AUGGCCACCAUCCAUAGUGAAGCCAGGGCAGGCACACUUACUUCUGCAAAACUAGCAGGGUACCUGCAACAGGGAGUUGACAUCAAUGAAAUAGAUGUAUCUGGAACCGGAUUCACGCCGCUUUCAGCUGCCGCCAAAGCCGGCCAUCAAACGGUUGUUGAACUGCUCCUCAACAAUGGCGCCUCUCCGUCUAAAAAAAGCUACGGAAUGACCCCUCUCUACAUAGCUGCCAACGCCAGAAAAAACCGCGCUGAGAUCGUGCGCCUUAUACUGAACCGUCACGUAAACGUGGACGAGACUGACCCCCAGUGCGACAAUGAGACUCCCCUCAUGGUUGCCAUCACACGGGCCAAGGACCCGGUGGUCGUCAACAUGCUGAUUGAUGCUGGAGCGUCGCUACAAGCACAGAAUGACAAAGGACAGACUGCCAAGUCGAUGGCUCAAAUGUCUGGCAACCCAGACAUACAGAGAGCAGCAUCGCCUGGUCAGCAGCAAGCAGGAACUGCUGAGCUUAUCAACCUGCUUGUGAACUUCGUGCUGUUCAUUCUGGCGUAUGUAAACAGUGGCAUUCUCAAGGAUGUCGCCAAAGGAGUUGUAUCCAACUUGUACCAAAUCGGAAACACUGCGCCCGAUCAGGAUCUUGCUAGGCAAAUAGGGGAGCCUACAACGGCCGAUGACUUUAAACGGGAAAUUGAUCAGUAUGUGAAGGAUAGCGAUCUGGGGCAGUUCUUUGCUCCCGGAAACGACUAUCUCAAUAAAGUGGCCGAGAAGGCCAUUGAGCUGAAAGAUGACCCAAGAAACCAUCUGAAGAAGCCCGAGCAGAUCAAAGGUCUUGUGAGACUCGCUCUUUACCAGCCAGUAUUUUAUUGCGAUGACAGCGGCUCUAUGGAAGCCGAUAUUCAGGACGGCAGUGGCAAUGUGAUUGGUACUCGCAUGGAUGGCAUGAGAAGCCUUGUCCAGCGCAUGGCCAGCAUCGCUACUCGGCUCGUUCCUGACGGUAAGGGUGCCCAUGUCCGUUUCAUCAACAGUAGUACAACCGGUCAAGACUUGAACGCCGACCAAAUCAAUCAAUUGCUCCAAUUCAACCCCAAUGGUGGAACCAAUAUUGGGACCAACUUGACAAACAAAAUCCUUGAGCCUAUGAUUUACGCUGAUCUGGACAAAUCUGGCGGUGCUCUUGAGCGGCCCUUCCUCGUCCUCACAAUCACAGACGGGGAGCCAAACCCGGAGCCCCAGGAUACGUUCAAGAAGGCUAUCGAGAACUGUGGAAGACGGCUUGAAGAGAAGCAGUACCCACAAGAAUGUGAGUCGUCUUUUACCACGGCGAGAGCCAUUAGGGAGAAGUCUGACAAUGAUGAUGUAGCCGCAAUGUUUCUUAUCAGCCAAGUCGGCAAUAGCCCCGAAGCAGAUGCUUUCCUAGACUCUCUCAGUGGUGAUCCGGCUAUCGACCGCGUUCUUUAUCGAACAUCCGGUAUGCUCCUCGGCGUUUCCUCUUGUCAAAAGACAAGGCGAUCUUCCUCUCAACGGCUGACAUUUUCAACAGAGCGCCUGAAUGAAAGAUUUGCAGAUCUAAGGGAUAAUGAGGAAGGUCUUGAAGAAUGGCUCUUCAACAUCCUUAUGCAGCCCAUCACAGGCUAA